CAACUUGUGUUGAGAAGUGUUUGACUGUUUACUUUUAAUACAAUAUGUUAUUUGUCUCCUACGCCCUUGCUAUUGCAGUGCUUGUAUCAGCAUCGGCUGCCGAUCACGUGGAAAUUCCAUUGACCCGUGUAUCUAAGCCGUUUUCAGAUCGGCAAAUAAGCGACCUGCUCAGCGGAGACUUGUAUUACCCCGCAGAAAAGGCAAAUGCCAAGUUCGAUCUCAGCGGAGGGGUGUUGACAGCCGGCAAAUAUCUACCGCCCAUUGAGCAUCUCAAAGAUAUCUCGAAUGUCGAAUAUCAGGGACAGAUUAGCAUCGGCAGUGGGGGAGCUAGAUUUCAGGUCGUUUUUGAUACCGGAUCUGCUAAUCUUUGGAUUCCAUCUACCAGUUGCACUUCAAUUGGGUGCUUCGGAAAGAGCAAGUACAAUCAUACCGCCAGUGACACCUACAUCAAGAAUGGAAAGUACAUUCGUAUUGCCUACGGAACUGGGGCCAUGGCCGGAUUUCUGUCUAAGGACCAAGUCUCCUUUGGUUCCCUGACAAUUCCCAAUGUUACAUUUGCGGAAGCUAACUAUAUGGCGGAUUUCUUCGCGAAGACACCUAUUGACGGCAUCCUUGGUCUAGCUUUCAAGAAUAUCUCCGCCGACGAUGUGGAACCCAUCUUUAAAACGAUGGUCAAGGAAAAGAUAGUGAAAUCACCAGUGUUUGCCUUCUAUAUGUCUAACAAACCCGGAGAUGGCAAAAGCGAGAUGACUUUGGGUGGCACUGACGAGCGUAAAUAUAUUGGUAACAUCACCUGGCAUCCGCUUAGCAGUGUGGACUACUGGAGCAUCAAAAUGACGCAACUCAAGGUCAACAAAACAGUCAUCUCGGCAGCCCCAGUCCACGCUAUUGUCGAUACCGGUACCAGUCUGAUUGCGGGGCCAUACUUCGCUGUAUCUAUGUUGCUCGCUAGACUCGCAGUCAAACGGGACUGCAGCAAUUUCGAAACCCUUCCUGAGCUAUCGUUCGAAGUGGAGAAUUCAACCUACACCCUGAACGGAGGUGAUUAUGUAAUUAAGCAAAAGAAUCCUCUCACACAAACGGAUGAGUGUUUCCCUGGUAUUCAGCCAAUCGGUAUGGACCUUUGGAUCUUGGGAGAUGUCUUCCUGAGAAAGUAUUACAACGCCUACGACUCCUCGGCACCUCCUAAAGUUGGCUUCGCACUUGCGGAUCACUCGGAUGAUUGAAAGGUUAGGCUCUUGUGAGUCACUCGGAUGGUUGAAAGGUUAGGCUCUUGUGAGUCACUCGGAUGGUUGAAAGGUUA